UCUGCCUAAUCUUCCAGGGUAAAGCGGAGCACGGGGAGGAGGGGUUGAGAGCAUUCAUCAUCACCACCUCUCUCUCCAACUCUUCUGACAGCGCCCGACACAGAAGCAAAAAGAGAGCACACAGGAUAUGAGUAAAAUAAAUACCCGGACACUUUCUAUCCCCCCGAAGUUGGAUUGAGGCCGAGAUUUAGCAAGGUUGGUUGGAUGUGUCUUUGUGUUACAUGUGAUCCAGGAUAUAGCAGAGAAGAACUCAGGAAGAACUACCCUGUUGACCCGUUGGAAGUUGGAUUGCACAACAACAAGUAGCGCUUUUGUUUUGUAACGCCGGUACUUAUUUUGGGAAAACAAUUUGUACUGUUUUAGAUGUUAGAGGAUCGUUUUCUGGGGACUUUUAGGAUGUCAUCCUCACAGGGUCUGUGAUCUAACACCCAAAGCUGUCCGUUUUGGAGGGUUCUGAACGGAUGACAGCCCAGGAGAUGCACCAGAGUGGCAUCUACAGCUACUUCCUCAACAUGUUUGCCUACCAGAUAUGUUGCUGCUGUGGCCCGGCCCCGUGUUCACUGUGCUGCUCCUUCUGCCCCCCGGUGAAGUCAUCGUCCAGCACGAGGAUCAUGUACACACUCUUCCACAUCAUGGCCUGCGCCGUCUCCUGUCUCAUGCUCUCACGCACUGUCUCCGAGGCUGUCCGGGACAAUGUGCCUUUCUUCAACAUGGUGUGUGACCAGGCCCAUGGCGGAGGGCACUGUGAGAUGCUGGUUGGCUACUCAGCGGUCUACAGGGUCUGCUUCGGCACUGCCUGCUUCUACCUGAUGAUGGCGCUGUUCCUCAUCGAUGUCAAGUCCAGCCAGGACUUCAGAGCGCUCAUCCACAAUGGGUUCUGGUUUCUGAAGUUCAUCACCCUGCUUGGGAUGUGUACUGCUGCCUUCUUCAUCCCUACUGAGUCCUUCCUGCAUGCCUGGCACUACGUAGGCGUGGUGGGAGGAUUUGCCUUCAUCCUCAUCCAGCUCAGUCUCAUCACAGCAUUUGCCCACACCUGGAACAAGAACUGGUUAACAGGGGCGGCAGAGGACAAGCGCUGGUACCUGGCGGUGAUGUGUGCCACCCUGUUCUUCUACAGCAUCGCCACCAUGGCCUUCACCUUCAUGUAUAAGUACUACACCCACCCCACCGCCUGCCAGUCCAACAAGGUCCUGCUGUGGACCAACCUGACCCUGUGUGGCAUCAUGUCCUUCAUCGCCGUCACGCCCUGUGUACAGCAGAAACAGCCCCGUUCAGGGCUCCUGCAGGCUUCCAUCAUCAGCUGCUACGUCAUGUACCUCACCUUGUCUGCCCUGUCCAGCCGGCCCCCAGAGAAAAUGGUGUACCAGGGGGUGAAUAUGACAGUAUGUUACCCCAGUGUGGGUCAGGAUGGCAUCCAGAAGGAGACCAACGCGGUGGCCAUUAUAGGAGCUGCCAUCAUGUACUGCUGUGUGCUCUUCGCAUGUAACGAAGCAUCCUACCUAGCAGAGGUUUUUGGCCCUUUCUGGAUGAUCAAAGUUUACCGCUAUGAGUUCCAGAAAGCCACAUGCUGCUUCUGCUGCCCUGACAAAGAGGAAGAGGUGGAGUUUGUGAUUGAUGAAGAUAUCAAGGGCUGCCAGAAGGUGAUUCACAACGAGAACCAGAGAGUGGCUUACAGCUACUUCUUCUUCCACUUCGUCUUCUUCCUGGCCUCGCUCUACGUCAUGAUGACCCUAACCAACUGGUUCAGCUAUGAGUCAGCGGUGCUGGAGACCACGUUCACCCACGGCAGCUGGUCCACGUUCUGGGUGAAGAUGUCGUCGUGUUGGGCAUGCGUGGUGCUCUACCUCUGGCUGCUGCUGAGCCCACUCUGUCACUGUGGCUCCGACUCGCACCGCCCGCGACGUUCCCGCAUUAAACGCCGCUCAGCCAACUCCUCCAGUCACGUCAGUGUGAGCGUCUGACCUGUGACCUUUGGGCCAGAGCCUGGCUUCUGGGGGUGGAGAACAGGAUAGGACAGCUAGCAGGAGAAGUUGGACAGUUGCCCCCGCUGUGGUACCCUGAAGGUGGGGGGUGGUUUUGAUGAUGUCCCCUUGCACCCUCAACCGGUCUCCCAUAUUGAGGUCAGAUGUCAGAGGUCAGAGAUGAGAUGUCAUGGGUCAGAGACUCACUCCAGCUAGAAGGACAGACUAACAGACUAACCAGAGGACUAAUGAUUGAAUCUGAUGUUCUUCACACAGACCACCUGAACCUCCAAACAUGGGACUAACCAGACUGUGCUCUGAAACAGGAACAAAGACCCUAUACAGAAUCACUACAUCCUGCCAUCCAAACUGAUUUCGCAACAUUUCACUAUUGUUUCACUCGGUAAGUGAAGUAUUCAGUCUGGUUUAACCAGGCUAGAACCACUAUGGACUACUAUGCUGAGACUGCCAAAAGGGAACAAAAAGGAUGAGCUCUCGACUCGCGUACGACGGGAGCUGGAGGGAAAUGUUGGCGGACUUUUUACUCUUUUUGAAUAUUUUAUUUCUUAUAGCAAGGACUGUGUAGCAUUUUUAAAAUUACAACCAGGGGUAGAUUUGUCAGUAGGAUCAUUCUUUUUCUCAGUGGUUUCAACAACUGAAGGUUUACCUGAAUGUUUCGGUGAAAGUUUCCCUGAACGUUUCACACCAUUUCUAAAGGUUUACAUUAAGAUUUUGCACAUUAGUGUGUUCAUACUGUUUGAAUAUGUUCGCUCUGGUGUGGAGCUAAUGUGAAUUAUAAAAUAAAAUAUUACUUAACACUUUCGCCAACAGGUAUAAUGCUAUAUUACUUGUUAUAAGCAUGUAUGAGCCUUUAUAAUGCCUUAGUAAGGUCUAUUCUGUUUUAUGUUGGCCGAGCAAAUUUCCAACGGACCUAAUGGCUUAUAUAGUCAGGAUCAUUAUGAGUGGAUUACAACACAUUAUAAGGGGUUCAUAGAUGUUCAUGACAAGUCUUUCAAUGCAUUAUAUCUGUCGGCUUUAAGUAAAAUGUUACCAAAUACUCUUAUACCAAUUAUUUAUUUCGCAAUGCCUUUUUAACAUCGUGGGAGUGGUGUAUCCAUUUCUAAAUUGGUUUUUGAAAGGAAAAUGUGGUAAAAUUGUUUUGGCAGUUAAGUUUUACAAGAAACCCCAGCUACAAGACCCUGACAUGUCUGGUUUAAAGGGGUUCUCUGUGAUCUGGGGUGUAUUUGCUUGGAACUGAAUGGAAACAAAUGUGCCGAAACGGGAAGAGACCUACCUGGAAUUUUCCAAUAUGAAACGCUUGUUUUGGUAUUUACAUUUCAAAAUGCUUCGCUACGGAGUGCACUAAUGAAUGCACCCGUGUUUUAGAAGAACCAUUGAAGAUCGAGAGCCACGUUUCUGUGAAGACUUCUCCACAGUUAAUGACCAAUAAUUUGACUCUGUAAAACCUUUGUGUACGAUACUGCAUUUAGGUCCUUUUUUAGCUCAUUUCAUGUUACUAUGAUAGCAGGUGUGUGAAGUUAUUUUUGUAAAUACAUUUUGUAAUGAAACACAGCUUCUGUUGAUUAAAGUGUGAUAUUUUUGUAAGCGAACAAACCCUAAAAUCACAUUGGAUUCCGAUUAGUUUCCCAAAUUCCAUUUUCUCCCUUUUGUAUUUUUCAGGUUUUCGCUCUCAGAAAUCACACCUUUUAAAAAUAUUUGUUUUUACACACAACAACAAAAAUGGAUGUUCCAAGUCCACAACAAUGCUUGAACCACAUUAGGGCACCAAUUUUGAGGUCUGUGAAAAAUAUAAAAUAAUUUCCAUUUUUGGGUGUAGGUACCCUUUAAUGCAACUGUGCACCAGGAAGAGACUGUUGUUUGGUUAGUGUUGUUUCUGUGGCGCUCAUAUGAUUGCAGAAUUUGCAAAACAAAUGGCCACUGGAUUGAUGCAAAUAAUCACAUCAUUCUGCCAGGUUAUAGGCUACUUUGUAGUUAACAUUUAAUUGAGAAGGUUUUGGGAAAAGCCUUUCUAUCUCUACCAGAAGACGUUUAUUAUUACCAUAAUUGCUAAUAGCUACACAAAGUGUAGACAUAUGCACGCACACACACACACUCCUUUUCCAACUCAGAAAGUUGCUGGAUAAUACGAAUCACAUUCUGACUGAACCGAAUAGGCUACACACGCUCAUUCAAAUUCAAAUAUCUAAACUACAGUUGUUGCAUGUGAAAAGGUUUCACGUACAAAAAAUAAAAAGUCAAUGUGCAUCA